AUGGAACAAUCUAAAGCAAAUAUUCUCUCUAUCAUCACUUGGAACACUUGUGGUGUUAAACCAACAAAACGCAGCCCAAAUAAACGGAUUGAUAUAAUGAACUAUGUCAAGAAACAGAAUGCUGACGUAAUCUUCCUUCAAGAAACUCACAUUGGACCUAACUGCUAUAGAAAGAUAGAAAAACAUGUAUGGAAAGAGAUGGAAAGACAUUGGAUCACUUACUCUCUUACUCACCGAGUAGCAAAGGAGUGGCCAUACAGGUGAAUAAAAACAUACCACACUAUGAGUACAUCUGCCAUGAUGAAGAUUACACUGGUGGCUACAUUAUGCUGUUCUGUCGGCUGUAUGGUAAACACUUCACUAUUGUGAAUGUGUACAAUCAUAAAGAAGACAAGAAAGUACUGAAGAGGCUGUCACAGUAUCUUCAGGAGAUAAAGAUUGGAACUUUAGUGAUUGGGGGGGAUUUCAACACAGCCUUGGACUUUGACAAGCGUACAGCAUCUGAACAUAGACGGCACACAUCCUUACGACCUCUCCUGCAGUUUCGUUUCCUCACUGAACCUCCAAGACACAUGGUCAAGACUACAAACAACAGAAGAAGCCUUCUCUCAUUCUCAGAGCACCAGCCACUCUUGGUUAGAUAUGUUCUUCAUGCCACAUAACAAAGCACACCAUGCUCAGACAUGUAAGAUUCACCAACCUGAUGCGAUUUCAGAUCACAAUCCUGUGUCUCUGAGAGUACAAGUAGAAUGUACAAUAACACAGGUUAAUCCCAUAAAUUGAGCCAGAUAGGAGACAGUGAAACAACAAGAAGGCAAGGAAAAAUCAGUGGAGCUGAAGUCCUAGUGGCGAUGAAAUCCCUCACUGACUCAACACAAUCACUACCAUAUGAGGUGGUGACUUCAGGGCCAGAUUACUAUACACGGUCACCAUUGAGGUCAGAUGACUAUACUGUAGACAAUCAACAAAACAUGAACCAUAUGAUAGAUGUCCAACACUGUCUCCAUACGAUGCAAGACUCCUGAGAGAGUCAGAUCAUUCAAGACAAUCACCAUCGAGGUCAGAUUAUUCCAGACAAUCCACCAUCAAGGUGGUCAGAUGACUCCAGACAAUAACCAUCGAUGUGGUCAGAUAACUCCAGACAAUCAACACUAUAUGAUUCAAGUUCAGAUGACUCUAGACAAUCACCACCAUGUACAUUAAAUUAUUCAAGAUGAGACUUAACACCAUAUGAUUCAAGGUUAGACAACCUUAUGGAAAUAGAAAGAUUAAAACACUUUUAUAAUGAAGUACUCGCAGAGGAAACAGAAAAUGAGAAACUCCCUAAAGGAUUCAACAGAGAGUACAAAAUAUUUGCUACAAUACUUGCCAACUGUCUGCUGAUGUACUUGGAACCCUAUUAAAUGAAAGGACCAAGACAUCCCUGAGUCCGCAUUGCACUGUUACUUUGGUCCUUAAUGGCAAAACACAGCUCAAUUGGAAGUUCUUAAGCAUUGCAAUUAGAUCAAUAAAGGCAAUCCCACUACAAGAAAUUACCAAAGAGGACACAAUUUUGAAGAAGGUGCUUUCCCAGGACUUGGGUAUCUUGCAGAAGUUGCUUCUAAGGGUUAAACAUUCCUGUAUUCAUAAGAAACAUCUACAUCAUGACUGUCCCCUCACCCCAGCCCUACUCAGCCUGUGUCUGAAACACAUGGAGGAUGACAUUUUCCAGAGUCAUCCCAAAUGUCACCACUAGAAUCAGUUACCAAAGAAGGAGUCUUAAGCUCUACAUAGACAUUCUGGGAGAAACGUCUGUGCAGGACCACCUCUCCCACAUCAGAGAGGAGUCUGGGAUUGAAAUGAAAGAAGAAUGGCAGAAUUAAGAUGAUCUGACAUUACUGUGAAAAAGUAUUUGUCCCCUUUCAUAUUUUUGAUACUGAAUGUUAUCAGAUCUUCAACCAAAACGUAAUAUUAGAUAAAGGGAACCUGGGUUUAGAAAUAACAAAAAAAAUGGAUACUUAUUUAAUUUAAUUAACAAAGUUAUGCAACAUCCAAUUCCCCUGUGUGAAAAAGUAUUUUGCCCCUUACACUCGAUAACUGGUUGUGCCACCUUUAACUGCGAUGACUGCAACCAAAUGCUUCCUGUAGUUGUUGAUCAGUCUCUCACAUCGCUGUGGAGGAAUUUUGGCCCACUCUUGCAUGCAGGACUGCUUUAACUAAGCGACAUUUGUGGGUUUUCAAGAACGAUUCAUACCACAACAUCUAAUUUGCGAUUAGGUCUGGACAUUGACUAGGCCAUUCCAAAACUAGAAAUGUGUUGCUUGUGUGUUUUGGAUCAUUGUCUUGCUGCAUGACCCAGCUGCGCUUCAGCUUCAGUUCACAGAUGGAUGGCCUGACAUUCUCCUGUAGAAUUCUCUGAUACGGAGCAGAAUUUAUGUUUCCUUCUAUUGAGGCAAGUCGUCCAUCACACUUCCACCACCAUCCUUGACCGUUGGUAUGAGGUUCUUAUUGUGGAAUGCAGUGUUUGGUUUUUGCCAGACAUAAUCACAUCACGUCCAAAAGUUGACUCAAGUUUGCCAAGUUUGCCAAGAUGCACCUGGAAGCACCUGGAUGAUCCUCAAGACUCUUAGAAGAAUGUUCUAUGAACAGAUGAGUCAAAAGUAUAACUUUUUGGACUGUUCUCAUUCUCGUAGUGGACACUUGUUUGGAGAGCUCACAAACUGCGCAACACUUGUGAUAAUGAAGUUGUGGUUUAUUUAAUUAUAUUUACCAGUUUUACGUCAAUGUCUGGUUUCUCCAUCUUGUCAUUGUUGUGUGAACCCGUACGCUUCAGUGCGGACAGAUGUGGGCUACCUGGCCUGACUGCCAGGAUGAGCUUAUGCUAUUUAGGUUCCCUAUAACUAUCAAGCUGUCCGAUCACAGCACAACUAGCUCCAUGACAAAUCAUAUGCUUAUCAAGCACAAAUAAACGUUUUCGGAGACGGACAAGCAGCAUCAAGGUCACUUUCACCACCCUGUGAAGUUCAUCAUAACUUAUUUCAUCUGUAGCCUAAUAAACUGCAUGGUUUCCAGAGUCGUAGUGGGAGGACCACACACCAUAUCAUUGCGUGACUCCAAGGUUACUUCGAUAUUGUUAUAUUAAUAUUUGCGCAUAAAGGCAUUUCCAUCGCCAUUUCUCGCAUCAAUCAUUUUACAGACACAAAAAUAUCCCACCAUGUCGAACGAACAAAUUAUCUGUCGGCAUUUAUAAAAUUGUACAAAAACUUCCUGUUUCCAUCACAGCUGUCUUGAUUUUUUUUAUACAGUAUGACUUUACUCGCUUAAAAACUAUGGAAGGAAACGUGGUUAUUCAUUGUAAAUAUUUAUUAAAUGCUCCUAAUUUAAUUUCUUCUAUAGGUUUCAGAAACAUGAACAUAUAAAUUACUAUAAUGUGUCUUUAACUUUGAUAAAAAAUUUCAUAUUUAAAGUGACCUGAGUAUCACCGGUCAUACAGCACAACAGGGAUGACACAUCAACAUUUCCACUGUAAUUAGUAAAGGGAAUCACAAAAGGACAUGUAACACUUUAGACACAGUAAUCCUCCAUUGUCUCUGUACAGACUGAACAAACACAUGAUAACUUUGUGAAGUUAUAGAAAUGACCUCAAGACAGUUAAUUGAAUCAUAAUGAAGAUCAUAACCCAGUUAGCUAGCAUCCUGCACUACUGUCACUGAACGUAAUUUGUCCUCAAGUGUUGACAGAAGACAUUCCUUAACUUUGAAAGCAAGACAAAAAUAAAACUAAAAAUAAGAACAUUCACACCCCCCCACCCCCUCUAAACAAAGGAUGCAGUAAUUAUAUAUUAAACCUUACAAUGGAAAGUCAGAUAGAGAGACAAAUGUAACCCUCCAGAUUGCAUUUCUUCUAAAGCUUUAAGAAACAUGAGAUGUUCUAUAAAAUACAAUAAUGGGACUUUAAUAAAUAAUAACUGUUUGAUGACAUUGGCAGUAAUUCCUACUUCAACAAUAACAUAAUUUACUUGAUAUAAUUAGCUAAAAGGUAGUGAUUUAAAACCUGAAUUGGAAAUGGAAACUCAAAUUAACUUUGUAGCAUACUACGUAGUAUUACGGGUGGCAUUCCGUAAGUCUUAUCACUGACAUUGAUAUUUUAAUGGAUGCAUGCAACCUUUACAUACCUAUUUACAUAAACUCACCUGAGUAUCAGAGGUCAUACAGCACUGCAGGGAAGACACCUGGAUAAACAACUCAGAUGAGUCCAUCGCUGGGUUACAGAAAAAUUAUAUUUUAGGGGUAGGCUCACAUACAGUGGGGAAAAAAGGAUUUAGUCAGGCACCAAUUGUGCAAGUUCUCCCACUUAAAAAUAUGAGAGAGGCCUGUAAUUUUCAUCAUAGGUACACGUCAACUAUGACAGACAAAAUUAGGGGAAAAAAUCCAGAAAAUCACAUUGUAGGAUUUUUUAUGAAUUUAUUUGCAAAUUAUGGUGGAAAAUAAGUAUUUGGUCAAUAACAAAAGUUUCUCAAUACUUUGUUAUAUACCCUUUGUUGGCAAUGACACAGGUCAAACGUUUUCUGUAAGUCUUCACAAGGUUUUCACACACUGUUGCUGGUAUUUUGGCCCAUUCCUCCAUGCAGAUCUCCUCUAGAGCAGUGAUGUUUUGGGGCUGUCGCUGGGCAACACGGACUUUCAACUCCCUCCAAAGAUUUUCUAUGGGGUUGAGAUCUGGAGACUGGCUAGGCCACUCCAGGACCUUGAAAUGCUUCUUAAGAAGCCACUCCUUCGUUGCCCGGGCAGUGUGUUUGGGAUCAUUGUCAUGCUGAAAGACUCAGCCACGUUUCAUCUUCAAUGCCCUUGCUGAUGGAAGGAGGUUUUCACUCAAAAUCUCACGAUACAUGGCCCCAUUCAUUCUUUCCUUUACACGGAUCAGUCGUCCUGGUCCCUUUGCAGAAAAACAGCCCCAAAGCAUGAUGUUUCCACCCCCAUGCUUCACAGUAGGUAUGGUGUUCUUUGGAUGCAACUCAGCAUUCUUUGUCCUCCAAACACGACGAGUUGAGUUUUUACCAAAAAGUUAUAUUUUGGUUUCAUCUGACCAUAUGACAUUCUCCCAAUCCUCUUCUGGAUCAUCCAAAUGCACUCUAGCAAACUUCAGACGGGCCUGGACAUGUACUGGCUUAAGCAGGGGGACACGUCUUGCACUGCAGGAUUUGAGUCCCUGGCGGCGUAGUGUGUUACUGAUGGUAGGCUUUGUUACUUUGGUCCCAGCUCUCUGCAGGUCAUUCACUAGGUCCCCCCGUGUGGUUCUGGGAUUUUUGCUCACCGUUCUUGUGAUCAUUUUGACCCCACGGGGUGAGAUCUUGCGUGGAGCCCCAGAUCGAGGGAGAUUAUCAGUGGUCUUGUAUGUCUUCCAUUUCCUAUUAAUUGCUCCCACAGUUGAUUUCUUCAAACCAAGCUGCUUACCUAUUGCAGAUUCAGUCUUCCAAGCCUGGUGCAGGUCUACAAUUUUGUUUCUGGUGUCCUUUGACAGCUCUUUGGUCUUGGCCAUAGUGGAGUUUGGAGUGUGACUGUUUGAGGUUGUGGACAGGUGUCUUUUAUACUGAUAACAAGUUCAAACAGGUGCCAUUAAUACAGGUAACGAGUGGAGGACAGAGGAGCCUCUUAAAGAAGAAGUUACAGGUCUGUGAGAGCCAGAAAUCUUGCUUGUUUGUAGGUGACCAAAUACUUAUUUUCCACCAUAAUUUGCAUAUAAAUUCAUUAAAAAUCCUACAAUGUGAUUUUCUGGAAUUUUUUUCCUCAAUUUGUCUGUCAUAGUUGACGUGUACCUAUGAUGAAAAUUACAGGCCUCUCUCAUCUUUUUAAGUGGGAGAACUUGCACAAUUGGUGGCUGACUAAAUACUUUUUUUCCCCCACUGUAUGUUUAGAUCAUAUUGAUACAGUAAUAUAGAAUAUUUGACAAAAUAGGCUGGGUUUAUUUUCUGUUAUUUUGCAGUAGAAAUGAAGAAAGCUUAUCAUGAACCAUGUUUCCAUCCACAGUUGUUAUGCCAGUAAAGUCAUACCUUAUAAAAAAUAAAAUAAUGACAGCUGUGACGGAAACAGGAAGUUUCAGUACAAUUUUAUAAAUGCCGACAAAUCAUUUGUUUGUUCGACAUGGUGGGAUCUUUUUGUGUUGGUAAAAGUAAUUAUGCAAGAAAUGGUGGUGGAAAAUGAAUUAAAGAGAUUUUUGGACACCCCUUCAAAUUAGUGGAUUCGGCUAGUUCAACCACACCCGUUGCUGACAGGUGUAUAAAUUCGAACACACAGCCAUGCAAUCUCCAUAGACAAACAUUGGCAGUAGAAUGGCCCACACUGAAGAGCUCAGUGACUUUCAACGUGGCACCGUCAUAGGAUGCCACCUUUCCUACAAGUCAUUUCGUACAAUUUCUGCCCUGCUAGAGCUGCCACCGGAUCGUUGUAAAUGCUGUUAUUGUGAAGUGGAAACGUCUAGGAGCAACAACGUCUCAGCCGUGAAGUGGUAGGCCACACAAGCUCACAGAACUGGACCGCAGAGUGUUGAAGAUCGUCUGUCCUCGGUAGCAACACUCACUACUGAGUUCGAAACUCCCUCUGGAAGCAUCAGCACAAGAACUGUUCUUUGGGAGCUUCAUGGAAUGGGUUUCUAUGGCAGAGCAGCCGCACACAAGCCUAAGAUCACCAAGCGCAAUGCCAAGUGUCGGCUGGAGUGGUGUAAAGCUAGCCACCAUUGGACUCUGGAGCAGUGGAAACGCGUUCUCUGGAGUAAUGAAUCAUGCUUCACCAUCUGGUAGUCCGACGGACAAAUCUGGUUUUGACAGAUGCCUGGAAAACGCUACCUGCCCCAAUGCAUAGUGCCAACUGUAAAGUUUGGUGGAGAAGGAGUAAUGGUCUGGGGCUGUUUUUCAUGGUUCGGAAUAGGACACUUAGUUCCAGUGAAGGGAAAUCUUAAUGCUACAGCAUAAAACAACAUUCUAGACGAUUCUUUGCUUCCAACAUUGUGGCAACAGGUUGUGGAAGGCACUUUCCUGGUUCUGCAAAACAAAGCGAGUUCCAUACAGAAAUCAAGUCCCCAUAGGAAUGUUCCAACAUCUUGUGGAAAGCCUUAUAAUAAUAAUAAUAAUAUGCCAUUUAGCAGACGCUUUUAUCCAAAGCGACUUACAGUCAUGCGUGCAUACAUUUUUGUGUAUGGGUGGUCCCGGGGAUCGAACCCACUACCUUGGCGUUACAAGCGCCGUGCUCUACCAGCUGAGCUACAGAGGCCUUCCCAGAAGAGUGGAGGCUGUUAUAGCAGCAAAGGGGGGACCAACUCCAUAUUAAUGCCCAUGAUUUUGGAAUGACAUGUUCGACAAGCAGGUGUCCACAUACAUUUGGCCAUGUAGUGAAUACUUCCAUUAAUUUUUUCAACUGGUCCUGGGGCACCUUAAGAUGAGUCGUGUAAGGCCUGUGGGUGUCCUAGAGCAAAACAACUGACAUGUACAUGUUCAUGAGAGUCCAACCUUUUCACGUAGGCCAAACGGUGCGGACGCUACAGACAGAAGUUGGCACAUCCGCUGUACCGACUUCAGAUGAGUCUCCUGACACUUGUGGAGGUCAUUGAGCAAAAUAAUAACACCAUUGUGUUCGUGAGAGUCUCAUCUUGCCAAACCGUUUGGACGCUACAGACGAUUACCAAUUUUCCGGGAUAUCUCAUGGUCUGACAAACACCACUCUAGCCCUUUCACCACAGCUGCGGUAGUGCGACAUCAGCGGAUGUGGUAAAUUGAGACGCAUUCAAUGCAAAAAGAAACGAUAUCUCUAGCUUAAACUGACAGAUUUAGAUUUUUUGUAUUAUGCUAAUUAAAUGUCCGGGUCUAAGGAGAUGCACUAGGUAGUGGUUGACAUUAUUUUUUAGUUUAGGAACUGUACAGGAUGCAAUUUAGUAAAUGUUGUAUUUUUGCACCAUAGGGUCUCACAGGGUUAAAUAUCUGAUGAUGCAGAGGUGGGUGUAGAUGUUUGUAUGGCUGCACACAACCUUUAAUACUCACCUGAGUAUCAUUGGUCAUACAGCACGACAGGGAUGACACACUGACAUUUCCACUGUAAUAAGUAAAGGGAAUCACAAAAGUACAUGUAAAAUUUGGACACAAUAAUAAUAAUAGUGAAUUUAUAGAAAUGACCUCAAGACAGUUCAUUGAAUUAUAAUGAAGAUCAUAACCCAGUUAUCUAGUACAUUCUGCACUACCGUCAAUGAACUUGUAGGAAAAUAAUGUAAUUUGUCUCUGAGUGUUCAUAUGCAAUUCUCAGAAGACAUUUCUUACCUCUGAAAGCAAGAGAAAAACAAAAUUCCAUACUCCUCCCACCCCCUAAAAACUAUGGUUUCAACAAUUAUACAGUACAUUACACCUUACACGGUGGAAGGUCAAAUAGAGAGAACAAUUGCUUUACUUCUAAAGGUGUAAGAUACAUACAUGUCCUAUAAAACACAUAGGACCUUAAUAACAUGUCUUUGAUGACAUUGGCAGUAAUUCCUACUUCAACAAUAACAUCUCUCCGCACUGCUAAAGCUAACUCUCUCUCCUCUGCUCUUGUCCUUCUAGACCUGUCUGCUGCCUUUGAUACUGUGAUACUGUGAACCAUCAGAUCCUCCUCUCCACCCUCUCCGAGCUGGGAAUCUCCGGCGCGGCUCACUCUUGGAUUGCGUCCUACCUGACCGGUCGCUCCUACCAAGUGGCGUGGCGAGAAGCUGUCUCCGCACCACGUGCUCUCACCACUGGUGUCCCCCAGGGCUCAGUUCUAGGCCCUCUCCUAUUCUCGCUAUACACCAAGUCACUUGGCUCUGUCAUAUCCUCACAUGGCCUCUCCUAUCAUUGCUACGCAGACGACACACAACUAAUCUUCUCCUUUCCCCCUUCUGAUAACCAGGUGGCGAAUCGCAUCUCUGCAUGUCUGGCAGACAUAUCAGUAUGGAUGACGGAUCACCACCUCAAGCUGAACCUUGGCAAGACGGAGCUGCUCUUCCUCCCGGGGAAGGACUGCCCGUUCCAUGAUCUCGCCAUCACGGUUGACAACUCCGUUGUGUCCUCCUCCCAGAGUGCGAAGAGCCUUGGCGUGACCCUGGACAACACCCUGUCGUUCUCCGCUAACAUCAAGGCGGUGACCCGAUCCUGUAGGUUCAUGCUCUACAACAUUCGGAGAGUACGACCCUGCCUUACACAGGAAGCGGCACAGGUCCUAAUCCAGGCACUUGUCAUCUCCGGUCUGGAUUACUGCAACUCGCUGUUGGCUGGGCUCCCUGCCUGUGCCAUUAAACCCCUACAACUCAUCCAGAAUGCUGCAGCCUGUCUGGUGUUCAACCUUCCCAAGUUCUCUCACGUCACCCCGCUCCUCCGCACACUCCACUGGCUUCCAGUUGAAGCUCGCAUCUGCUACAAGACCAUGGUGCUUGCCUACGGAGCUGUGAGGGGAACGGCACCUCCGUACCUUCAGGCUCUGAUCAGUCCCUACACCCAAACGAGGGCAUUGCGUUCAUCCACCUCUGGCCUGCUGGCUCCCCUACCUCUGCGGAAGCAUAGUUCCUGCUCAGCCCAGUCAAAACUGUUCGCUGCUCUGGCACCCCAAUGAUGGAACAAGCUCCCUCACGAUGCCAGGACAGCGGAGUCACUCACCACCUUCCGGAGACAUUUGAAACCCCACCUCUUUAAGGAAUACCUGGGAUAGGAUAAAGUAAUCCUUCUACCCCCCCCCCUUACCCCAACCCACCCCCACCCCCCCAACAAACAAUUUUUUUUACAAAUUAAAAAUUAAAAAAACAGUGAAAAAGUGGUUAUCCCACUGUGUCACGGUUUUCGGCCGAGGGCCUGCCUCUCUCCCUGUUAGGGCAUGGCUUCGGCGUUCGUUGUCUCCGGAAUACUAGCUGCCACCCGUGUAUGUUUCAUGUUCCUUUUGCUUUGUGUCUGAGUGUUGUCACACCUGUUUUGCAUUUAGUGUCAUAUUUAGUUCCCGUUGUGGGUGUUAUUGAUUUUUGUCAGACGUGUAUUUCCGCUCGGUUGACUUCUCUCCACUGCGCUGGAGUUAUUACGACCUGUUUCCCGUUGUUUGUUUUACAUUUGGCUCGAUGCGUAUUUUGCCAUCGGCAGGUUGUCCGUUUGCGUUUUGAUAAAUACAAGUCUGUUGGAUUAUCCUUUGCGUCCUGCGUUUGAUUCCGCCACUGACCUAAGCACGCCUUGACACAUGGCUAUAAGGUGAAUGCACCAAUUUGUACGCUCUGGAUAAGAGCGUCUGCUAAAUGAACGUAAAUGUAUAUGUAAAUCUAAUUUGCUUGACCAAAACGAAAAAGUAGUGAUUCAAAACCUGGAAUGGAAAUAGAAACUCAUAUGGUUGGGUGGAAUCCCAGUCUUAUCUUCGGUAUGGUAUGACACAGAGGUGGAUGUUUCUUAAGAUGCAUGCAACCUUUAAUAUUUAAAGAGACUCAGCUGAGUAUCAGAGGUCAUUCAGCACAGCAGAGAAGACACACCUGGAUCAGCGCUACACACAGGUGAGGUUAUUGUUUUAAAUAGAAUGGGAGAUGAAGAAGCAAUAUUUAGAAAUAGGCAGAUUUGAAAAUAGUGACAUUUGUAAUUUUUGCCAAAACACUUUACAGAUGUUUAGAUCUGAUACAAAUCAAGUUUUAAGCCUGUUAAUGUUCAGUAAAAAUGUAAUAAUUAACAAACGCUCAACAAAGUGCUAAUGAAAUCCCCAAUGCUUUUACUAAAUGGAAUAUCUGAGAAAAUAUUUCUCAUAUAAAGUUCUCUCUCAGAAAUGGAUGUAGCUCAUCCAUUUAAGGAGCACUUUAUAACCGAAAGCAUGAUUUACUUCCUUUCAGUCAAAUACUGUUCUAUGAUGUUGCUAUGGAUCUUUAAUAAACCCUGUCCAGAAUCUGAAUAUCUCUAUGACAACACAGAGAUGGAUGUGAAUUUUUGUCAAUAUGAACAGAAAACCAUUUGACUAUAUUUGAACAAGAGACACUGAUACACUCCACAAUGUUUGAACAGUAUAAUGGAUUUUGUAUUAUGAUUCAAAUUUCAGUUGAUUAAGUUUUUCUAUAAACAUCCAUAACUAUUAAAUAUUUUCUGAACGGUGAUUUUAGGUAAUUGUUUGAAUAAACAAUUGUGGACAAAAUCUGAAGUCUAUAUAACAAACCAUAGCUAAUGCUACAAGUCUACAUCAUAUAGUUUAUGGAUGAAGGAGCCCUUAUUUUUUAAAUCUGAUCUGGUGACAGUGGCUAUACUACUUGUGAUGUUGUGUUGUUUCAUAGAGUCUGUUGUAUCCUGUGUAGAUCAGGUCCUGUCUUGAAGAGGCUCAGUAUUCAGAACCAUGGCCAUGUCUGGGGAUCACACUCUACGCUUUGUUACUUGGAACAUCCGGGGUAAAGGUUACAAAAAAUCUUCAAAAACAGAAAAACUUGGAUUGGUGUUUAAACAGCUAAUAACACUCAAAGCCUCAAUAACUUUUCUUCAAGAGACGCACAUUGGACCCAAAGACAUAGAUCUAUUCGAAAUUGCAACAAGCUGGAAAUCAUACUUCACUGUUUACUCUACACAAAGCAAAGGAGCAGCCAUACUAGUGAAUAAAAACAUAGAACAACACUAUCAAUACAUCUGCCAUGAUGAAGAACCCACUGGAAGUUACAUUGUGCUGUUCUGCAAAUUGUACGGUCAAAGCUUCACUCUUGUGAAUUUGUACAAUCAUGCAAAGGACACAAGGGUAUUAGAGACACUGACACAUUAUCUUCAGGAGAUGGCCACAGGUAUCUUAGUGGUUGGAGGUGACUUCAAUACUGUCAUUGACCCUGAUAUAGACAGGUUCUGUGCAACAGGGACUGCACAGUACACUCUUCUGAGGCGUUUUCUUGAGGAAUUCACCUCCUCCCUAAACCUCGUGGACAUCUGGGGAAGACUAAACCGAACGAAAAAAGACUUCUCUCGCUCUGAGAAGAAAAGCCACUCUCGUUUAGAUAUGUUCUUCAUGCCAGAGGACACAAUAUGGCAUGCUCAGCACUGUGAGAUUCACAAAGGCAAAAGACUUUCAGACCACAUGCCUGUGUCUCUGGAGCUCUGCCUUCCUGAGACAGACAGGCAGUUUGUGCCUGAACAAGGCUUUAUAAAAGAAAAACUUGGGCAUAGUGAACCACCUGACAUGAGGACAGAAAAGAUCAGCGGGGCAGAAGUUUUAAUGGCCAUGAAAUCUUUGAUCGACUCAGGUCAACGAACACCUGAUGGAUCACAUGUGAUUGACAUCAAACAAAAUUGCCAAAAAAUGACAGACAAAUUUAAACUCUCCUACAACAAAAUGCUCAGAACAAAAAAUAUACCAAAAGAAUUCAAACAGUCACUGAUCACCAAGCACGGCCACAAUUUCAGUGUCAAGUACAUAAUAUUUGCCACAGUGCUUGCCAGACGAUUAAGGGUUUUCUUAGCUCCCUCGUUCAAAAGUAGAAAGAAAAAACACAAACCUAUAUUCUCUGUCAGUGUGAUCCUUCGAGAGGUGCCAAAAGAAAUCUGUUGUCUCUUCUUGAAUAAUGCACUGUCGUCCAUGAAGGCGAUUCGGCCUCCGCCCCCCCGGGAUUUCAGCAUCUUGAGGGAACUGCUUCCAAAUGUUGUGGGAUCGGCAGGUUCUAAAAAGCAGCUGCUGCAAGGCUGUCCCCUCACCCCAACCAUCAUCACACUCUCUCUGACACACCUGGCUAGCAUAGCUCGCCAACAUCUACCAGAUACCACAGUGGAGGUUUUCAGGCACCGACAGUGUCUAUAUAUGUACAUGCCAGCUGACAGAUACUCUGAUCUAAGAAAACUGCUCUCAAAUUUCGUGAAAGAAUCUGGGCUCAACCUA